AUGUCCGUCAUCUACAAAGAGACCACCCGCGAGCGCGACUGGGACCUCCAGUCGCACGCCUCUCGCAAGGCCCCUUCCUCCGUCAUCCGCCGCUACCGCGUCGCCGACGACAAGCCCUACGGCGACGAUCACUACGAGGAAACCCGCAUCGUCACCCGCGAGCGCGACGCCGAUCCGCCCAUUGUGCGCCAGCGCUAUGUCGUCGACCGGGACUCUGACCGCGCCUCCGGCCGCGACAUCCACGAAUAUCGCUACAUCGAGCGCGAGGUCGACCGCCCCGCCUCGCCCCGCCACGACGUGCAUGAGUAUCGCAUAAAGCGCGACGUCAUCGAACACUCGCCGUCGCCCCCUCGCGUCCGCCAGUACACCAUUGAACGCGAAAUCGACGAGGAGCCCAACGAGCCGUACGCCUUGGAGAAAUACUCCAAGUCUACCGAGUUCUUCUCUCGCCCAGACCCCCCGCCGCAGCCCAUCGUCAUCAGGCAGUCCAACCCGCAGCCCAUCAUUGUUCAGGAAGCUCCCGUCAGGCAGCAAAUCAUUCUGAGAAGGGAGGAGCCCCAAUACGAGUUCAUCGAGCGCUCCGAGGUAGAUGAUCGUCAGGUGGCCAAGCGUCCAGAUCCCCGCGAGGACGACUACUAUUACGAGCGAAGGGUCCGCGAAAUUGACCACGGCCGUGGUUGGGAGGAAGACGACUACUACGAGCGCGAACGCAGUCGCGCGCGACAUGGCGAGCACGACUGGCACAGCGAUGACGAAUACGAGUAUAUUCGACGUACCCGGGACGAGGAGUUCCGUGACCGCAGCCCACACCAUCGUCGCCACCUGGCCGAGGGAAUCGUUGCCGGUGUCGGCGCCGCCCAGCUGAUUCGUCACCAGCGCAGGCAAAAGGGCGAGGAUCCUGGUCAUGGAGUUCGACAGAGUCUUGGCUAUGGUGCCCUUGGUGCUGUUGGUGCAGAAGCUCUCUCGCGCGCUCGGAGAGAGUUCAGGUCACGCUCCCGAUCCGAAAGCCGUCAUCAUCACCAUCACCAUCACAGGCGCGACAGAUCCCAUUCACGAGGACGCAAGGUGGCGGGUGUGGCCGCCCUUGCCGCAGUAGGUGCACUCGCAUAUGCUGCUGGUCGUGGCCAGAAGGGAAAUCCCAGUGCCAAUGUGAUUGAGCGGAGGAGCCGCUCCAGGAGGCGCCGCCACUCAGUCAGCGGGGCAAGCGGUGACGAGUUCAGUCCAUCUCCAUCGCGGUCUAGGUCGAAGAGCAAAUCCCGCGAUCCGGAACACAAAAACAGACGCAUAGCCCAGGCCGGGCUUGCUAGCGCCGCUGUAGCAGGCCUCGUCGAACGAGCUCGCAGCAGAUCUCGGAGCAGACGCGGCAAACAAUCACGCAGCCGUAGCCGAUUGAGGACUGGCGCACCCAUCGCUGCCGCUGGCCUUGGUGGAGCAGCGCUUGCUGGUCUCUACGAAAAGAACGCGGGCAAGAAAGAGGGCAAGAAAGAACGCAAGGCACGGUCAAAGUCACGGUCAAGGUCAAGGUCAAGGUCAAAGUCAAGAUCUCGAUCCAGGUCGGUACCCUCACGAUCUCGGCGGGCAUCCGCAAGUGACCCAGCUCUUGUAGUAUACGGUGGUGAUCCCAUCUACGUCGAGCCCAGUGCGAGUGGACGCCAUCGCCGCUCUGGGAGCGCAGGAUACGAUCCCGACGAUCCGGCUGAUUAUCGUGGUCGACGCCGCCCAGCCGACUCUGAUUCAGAGUCUGAUGGGCGAAGGCGUCGACACCGGUCUAGCCGUAGUAGGAGCAGGAGCCGUUCCCGGGCAGUCGCUGAGGCAGCAGCACUUGCUGGUGUCGCUGGUGUUGCAGCUCAUGAGGCUGCUAAGAGACGAGAGCGCAAAAAGGCGGACAAGAAGGAGAGGAAGCGUAAUGAGGAGGAACGUCCAUUCAGCGAGGAGGCCUACAGCCCCCCUCCACCGGGCGCUUACCCUGCCGAGCCCUAUCCUCCCGGUGCAUAUCCACCUGAGAACGGACGUUACUUCCCGGAAAGCAAUCAGUUCCCUCCGCCUCCGCAAGGGUACGAUCCAGCGAUGCAGCAGGGCCCUUACGAACCGGCGCCUUUCGGCGGUCCUGCUGCGUAUAAUCCAGCCGACUACGGCCCCAACCCCGGUCCUACGCAAGCGCCUUACCCCCAUCAACAAGCACCAUACUUCCCGCCACCACCUCGAGAGCCGCAGCCUGAGUACUACGAAGACCGGGGUCACCCUCGCGGAGAUGACAAUGUGAGUGCUCCGUCCGCUCCGUCGGUGGUUGAGGAACCGUAUCUUGCUAGUUUAAGGACCGGAGCGACAAGUGAAGCAUCGCAACAAAAACCGCAAAAGUCCGAGAAAACUGUUCAAUUCGAUUUACCAACCCCCGUACCCUCACCGGAGCUGACACGCGAACGCCCCCGCAAAAUCGAUGAUGAUGACGACGAAUAUGAGAUCGUGGAUUCCGAUGACGACUCCUCGCGAGACCGGCGGCAAAUUAGAUCAUCGCGUACACGCCAGCAUGAUGAAUUUAAUGACCACGAUAUCGAUGACCAUGACCUGCACGAAGAUGGCCGCCCACGCUCGCAUAGACGCUCCCGCAACCCUUCCCACCCAGACUCCCGUAACGGUUCGGAUUCACCUUCUUCCAUCUCUUCCAGCGAGACAAUCGAACUUCCACGGCGCUUCGACCCUAAUGGUCGGCCCUUACCGCAGCGUGGUGAAGAUCCACUUGCUGUCACGCUAGAAGACAUCCUGACCGGAGGUAGCUCGGCAGGAAAGAUGUUCCAAAAGCUCACGGGCGACCUGAUAGGUGCUGGCGGCGCAGGCGGGAGUCGGAGUGGUGGAAGAGGGCGGUAG